AUGGCCGCCGCGGCGCCGCCCAAUGGCUCCAAGGCGGUGACCCUCCUGCUCCGCCUGUGCACGUUCGGGCUGGCGCUCGCCUCGGCGGUCGUCAUGGCCACCGCGAGCGACUGCACCAUCUACGACGCCGACGGCACCGCCGCCACCACCGUCACCUUCAAGAACUACCCGCCCUUCGUUUACCUGGUUGCGUGCAACAUCACCGCGGCGAUCCUGGAGAUGGCGGCGAUCUACGUCUACCUGCAGCUCGUCAACAAGGGCGAGAACGAGGAGGCGGCGCCCGUGCUUCCCGGGGUCGUCCUCGUCGUCGUCGACGUCGCCGUGCAGGUGCUCCUCUACUCGUCGUCGGGCGCGGUGUUCGCGGCGGUGACGGCGUACGGCGCGCAGAUCAGGGCCUGCGCCGGCGCCGCCGGGCACUUCUGCGAGCAGGUGCACAGGGCAAAGCUCGUCGGUUUGGGCGCGAGCUUUGCCGCCGGCCUCGCGGCCGUCACGAAGGACGUCCCGCUGCCUUUCAACGUGUGGCCCGUCACGCCACACGACUGAGAUUUCCCGGUGCAUGUCUUGGGCGGCUCCAGUUACGGUUCUAUGCAUAGACAGUCUACCAUUGUUGCAAAUAUCAGUUAUUUAGGUUUUGCCAAUUUAAUACAAAUCAUUCUCUGACUUCAAGGCCGAUCUGUUUCCGUAAUUUGUAUACUUUUGUCGUUCCUGAACAUAUAAAUAAAAAAUGCCAU